AUGACGGAGGCUCCGAUUAUGUGUUCAUCUCCUGGAAAGCGCAAGGCGGAGAUCCAAGACGUGGAGGAUUCCGGUGGCAGCGGAGAGGGCAAGAUCAAGAAAGGAGGUUCUGCAUCGGCCGAAAUCACGGAGGCAUCCACUGUGUCUGGAUCUUCUUCUACGACAGAAUCCGACGAGGAGCUUGACGAUUCCCAUAAAUGGGAAUGGGGGUACGAUAGCUUCGAUGAUCUCCAGUACGAGUCUCCUCGCGAUGACAUUUUUUCCGACGACGAAUCCAAUCGGAAAUACUGUGCAUAUAUGAGGCAAUAUUUCGAGCACAGUGGAUUUUACAUUGACCGAAAAAAUAUAUUUACGGGACAAGUCGGAGGAAUCUUUCCAUACCCUGAUGCAGAUCUGGACACUGAUUAUGUAAAGCCAGGGAAAACCGAACGUGAGCACGCUGCAGAUUUGUCAAAGGAGGCUCUACAGAUAUACAACAAGAUUAAUGGAACCGAUGUGACGUUCGAGAAAGUUGUUAGGGUGAACAUGGCAUGGGGCAGUAAAGUUAAAUCAUAUAUCACCAUUUUGGCCAAGGAGAAACGUGAUGAACCAUCAGUUGAGUACCAAGUGAUGGCAAAACGGAGGAUUAUGGAAAAUGACCUACCCAUUUUUUGCAGGCCAGCCCCUUCCAAGUCAAAAGGAAUGUACUGAUGUUACGACACCAUCUGGAAUCAUGCGUGAAGUUUCUUACUUUCUCAUGUUGUUCUGUAUGGGAACUUGGAUUUGAUGAACGCUUCAUGCCUAGGGUUCAUUUAUAAUAUUACUGAUUUAGAAAAAAAUAAAUAAAAGAAACAGGAUGGCGCAAUUGUAAAUAGGCUCUUGGCGGAGAAAUAAAAAUAAAAAUAGAUGCUUCUA